AAUCAUUCUCUUCCACAAUCACCAACACCCAGCACAGAUACAUUAUUCUACCAUCGCUGGCUGCCAUUCGUCAUUCUAGGUAUUGCUAUUGAUUCUGCGCACAGAAUAAGCCAUGGAUCGGAAAGAAUUGGAAGGAGCUGUGGCUCCGAUAUCGAGCGAGAGCCUGGCGCAAAACACAAAGGCAGUCUACUACAUCCGAAGCGUGACCUCAACAAUCUUCGGCGUCGGCGCAGGCAUCCUCGGUCUCGAAUCAUACUUUGGUUUCCUCUUCUACUUUGCCGGCACCGCCUACGUCAGCUUACUGAUGUUUUUCAUCCUCGCAAAGGGGAAGCCGGCUGAGUUCUUUACCUCGCCGAGUUAUGUGUGGACCGGGAAUGCGUUCACCGGGUUGACUAGUUUUGUGCUCACUUGGACUAUGUUAUACGGCUUGGUCGACGCUUGAUGUCUUUCUCUCUCUUUUUUCCCGUUAGUUUGGUGAUGGGUUCAUGCUCUGGUUAAUCUCUGAAAAUGACAUGGCGGAUGGGCUGUGAAUUAGUGUACGAUAUGCAUAUUAACAGUACUUUCAAUUGAGAUUUCUCCCAAGAC